CUAACCCGGAAGCGGUGCCCCGGGCCCCUCCUCCCGCCGCGUGACUGGUUCUUGGGAUCACUGACCAAUUGCUGCGCGGCUCGGAUAGUUGGGUGCAUGGACCACAAGGGUGAGGAGAGACCCGCGGAGGAUGGGAGCGACGAGGAGGACCCCGACUCCACGAGAGCCCCAGCCCGGGUCCAGGACACUCCGGAAGAUAUCGUGCUGCAGGCUCCGGCCAGUGGGCUGGCGUUCCAUCCGGCCCGAGAUCUCCUGGCGGCGGGGGACGUGGACGGGGACGUGUUCGUCUUUUCCUACUCCUGCCAAGAGGGAGAAACCAAGGAGCUCUGGUCCUCAGGUCACCACCUCAAAUCCUGCCGAGCCGUUGUCUUCUCUGAAGAUGGGCAAAAACUUGUUACUGUCUCCAAGGACAAAGCCAUCCAUUUUCUAGAUGUGGAGCUGGGCCAACUGGAAAGACGCAUUUCCAAGGCUCAUGGUGCCCCCAUCAACAGUCUGCUGUUGGUGGAUGAGAAUCUCCUGGCCACUGGGGAUGACACAGGUGGCAUCCGCCUCUGGGACCAGCGGAAAGAGGGCCCCUUAAUGGAUAUGCGGCAGCAUGAGGAGUACAUUGCUGACAUGGCUCUGGACCCAGCCAAGAAGCUGCUGCUGACAGCCAGCGGAGAUGGCUGCCUCGGUGUCUUCAACAUCAAGCGACGCCGGUUCGAGUUGCUCUCGGAGCCUCAGUCUGGAGACCUGACCUGUGUCACACUUAUGAAAUGUGGGAAGAAGGUAGCCUGUGGCUCCAGUGAAGGUACCAUCUACCUCUUCAACUGGGAUGGCUUUGGGGCCACAAGUGACCGCUUUGCCUUGAGAGCUGAGUCCAUCGACUGCAUGGUUCCAGUCACUGAGAGUCUGCUGUGUACCGGCUCUACUGAUGGAGUCAUCAGGGCUGUCAACAUCCUGCCAAACCGAGUGGUGGGCAGUGUGGGUCAGCAUGCUGGUGAGCCUGUGGAGAAGCUAGCCCUCUCCCAUUGUGGCCAAUUCCUGGCCAGCAGUGGCCAUGACCAGCGCCUCAAGUUUUGGGACAUGGCCCAGCUGCGGGCUGUGGUGGUGAACGACUACCGCCGGCGCAAGAAAAAAGGAGGGCCGCUGCGGGCACUGAGUAGCAAGGCCUGGAGCACCGAUGACUUCUUUGCAGGACUGAGGGAGGAGGGAGAGGAUGCCACUGCUCAGGAGGAAGAGGAGGAAAAGAGUGAGGACGACAGUGACUGAGGGGAUGAGCUGAAUCUCAGGAUGGGUCCUCAAUGGACAAGAGUCUUGCUGGGCUGGAUUCCUAGAGAGGCUGGGAAUGUAAAAUAUCCUGUUGUGCACAAGAAGCAGUUCAGUAUCAGCACACUGAUGUGGGGAAAUACUUGCUCACUCCACCAGUGUAAGACAAGCCCACAGCUGGGGCAAGACAGCACAGACACAGGUGUACACCAACCAGGGGUUUAAUAUAAUAUAAAUACAACCAGCAUAGAAAAACUCAAAACUAUGUAUAUACCAAAACCAGAAUGUCAAGUGGUGGGAGCAAAGGCAGAUUUCUGACCCUUUGGCUCAGCCAGCCCCCAAAUAAAAACAUCAGCAAAGACAAA